CGAGGAAGACCAUGGUCUGCCUGCCGCCUGUGGUUUGACCCGGCCUCGAUUUCGCAUGUUUGUGUUUUGUUCUGGACCGUGAUUGUAGGGGCAACACCUAAACAGACUGGGCGUCGUCGGCUGGGCUUCCAAACAUCAUCAUCCAUCGCCACGCUGGAACCAUCGCCCCCUCCCGCAAGCCACUCCCGCGCCGUCCAUGUGUGACCUGAGACAUUGGGCGGGAAUCCUGAUCGAGUUUUGAGUCGACGAGCGGCAAGCUCUUGGCGACCCCAUCCCGACCUGGCCUCGACGGGCAGCAACCAAGAGCAAGAGACGCAAUACCUGCAACGGCAACGGCCCGGCCACACCUGGCAGCUAAUAUGACAUGGACACGUCGGCAAGGUCCAUAGGGGUUGAAGCGGGACUGAGCGACGUGGCCGUGACUGACACCGCCGACGGCUCGACGCAGCGCGGGGGCCGGCCUUCAGGAGACUCUGCUGCCGAGCCGUCGCCCAUGUCCAAGACCAGGUCUCUCUCCGAUGGCGGAGGCACGCCAGCCACCAAGCUGACGCCAUCGCCGCUCACCAUCGACGCCGCCCGCCGCACCUCCAAGGACGACAGCGCCAUCCGGAGCCCCGCCAUCCCAGCCCUGCCCGUCACCCCGAGCCGCGCCGGUUUCGCCCACCGCGGGAGCAGCGGCCUCGCCCAGUCACUACGCCUUCCGCACCAGGGAGCCGGCAUGGCCGGAGCAGCAGCAGCAACCGCCGCCGCCGCCACCGCAGGCCAGUCGUCGCCGGCCAAGCCAGCACCUCUAUCGCCCAAACUCGACCACUCGCACAUCUACGCCUCCCCCUCGAGCGCCCUGCCCCGUAGGUCUCGCGGCCUCGACUUCUCUCGCGCCGCCACCAGCCUCCACCACUCGACCCUCGCCGAGCAGUCCUCGCCGGACUCGUCCCCGACCAUCGGCGGCCGGGGCGCCAUGAACAUACCGGGUGGCGGCGGCGGCGCCCGGCGCCAUGGCGACUUUGGGCCCGCCGAGACGACCACGUCCCUGUGGUCCAUGAUGGGCAACCACGAGAAGAUGCACAUAUCCAGCUCCGUCGGCAGCAGCGCCAACCACAUGCUCGGCUCCGACUCAUCCUCAAGCUCCGACGGCGACGACCUGAUGGACGAGGACACGGACGAGCCCUACAUCACGACCCCGCAGAUACAAAAGACCACGCCGCACCCGGGGCUCGGCGGCCCCCCGCCCUGGGCCCCCGCGGGCUCGCCCGCCUUCAACAGUCUGCUCUCUUUCCAGCAACGUCAGCGACCCCGGAAGCAGCAUAAGAAGCGCCUGCGAGGUCCGAUCGGGCUUGGGUUUAGCUCCAUCGUCGGGGGCGGCGCCCUGACCGCCUCCAAGUCGCCCCCGAGCUCGCUGGGCGCCAGAGAACCCUCGAACCAGCACCCACGCCGCGAGAGCAUCAGCUGGGCUGCCAACCAGCUCAACAUCUCGGGCAACGAGAGUGACGACGGCAUGAGGCCCCCGAUCAUGGAGAGCGUCGAAUCCGUCUUGGGGACGCCCAGCAGGGACGGCCAGACCGAGGCCGUCCGGCGCGUCGUCACUCGUCGUGGGAACCUAAUGCCCAAGACCAAGGCGUUUGCCCGAAUGCGCGCCGCCCUCGCCGAGGAGGGCACUCCCGUCGACAGCGAGGUGCGGCGCGAGGCUGAGGUGGUGCGACAGGUGCGCGAGAGCGACGUGGACCACCACCGGCCGUUGCCGUCGACCGAGACCGUGGCCGUCCUGUCGAGCCCGAACCUGGGCACGCUCGAGGUGGACGACGCGGCGCUCGCCGACGACGCCAUGAUGGUGGACUCGUCGGCCCUGCAGGGCGGCGGCGGCGGCCUCUCGUCGAGCUACAAGCUGCGCGCGCUGCGCAACCUCCGCGGCGGCAGGGCCGUCUGGGACACCUUUUCUGACACGUCGAGCACGGGUGCGGGGGUCACGACGCCACCGCCGCCACCACCGCCACCCUCGCUGCUGCCCAGGGGCUCGUCAUCGGCCAUGACCGUUGGCAGCAACACGGACGACAUGUCGAUGGACUCGCCCUCGACCGCCUCGGGCGGCAUCUUCCCCAUGUCGCUGAACACUCGGAGCAGCUCCGGGGGCGACACGCCACAGCAGCAACAGCAGCAACUACAACAACAACAGGCGGGCGGCGUCGGGACGGCGGCGGCGACGGCAGCGGCAGCAGCGGCAGCGGCAGUGCCGAGCGCGGCCGAGAUCACGCGGCGCAUCAACAGCAAGCGGCGGCGCGACGACGACCUGGACCCCGUCAGCUUCAAGCGGCGCGCCGUCUCGCCCGGCGUCAGCGCGCACGGCUCGCCCGUCAUGCAGAGCCCGCUGCAGCGCGACAUGGUCCCCUGGGGCUCGCGGCCCGGCAGCAACGGCCACGACAGGCCCGGCAGCGGCGCCCCCAGCGAGAGCGGCGGGAGCCAGAGCGGUGGCGGCCGGGGCGGGGGCGGAGGCGGCAAGGGCCGCGUCGGUUACCAGGGCAUGGUGGACACCAACGACGGCAUCACCAAGCUCAGUAUCGACUGAGGGCGGUCGUGGGGUUGGAAUGUAGGGGUGUCUGUGUGUGUGUGUGUGUGUGUGUGUGUGUAGUUG